UAUAUUAAGAAAAAACAGAGAUUUCGUCAUCCUAGUAAAAGUAAACUCAACUUCUUUUUUUUUUCCUUUUUUAAUUUCUAAAAAGGUACAAUUAGACAAAAACGUCGUUUAUAAAAGCAGAUUUAGGGGAUUGUUUGGGAGAGAGAGAAGGAAAAAGUCAGAAUUUAGAGCCUACAUGAUGCAGGAGAUCAUCCGGCUAUCUAUGAAUUUUCUUCUUCUCUGUAUUGCAGUUUCUUUCUUAUUCCAAUAUUGUUCUUGCCUAAAGAUUGGAGAAACUUGUACCGCCACUAAUUGUGAUGAAGGUCUAGUUUGCAACACAUGUCCUGCUAAUGGCAAUACACGGCCCAGAUGUAGUCGAAUUCAACCCACUAUUCCAACAACCAAGGUAAAAGGUUUGCCAUUCAACAAGUAUUCGUGGUUGACAACCCACAACUCGUUUGCAAUUUCCGGGUCAAAGUCUGCAACCGGGUCGGAUAUUCUUGCUCCGACCAACCAGGAAGAUACAGUUACUAAUCAGCUCCAGAAUGGCAUUCGAGGACUUAUGCUUGAUAUGUAUGAUUUCAACAAUGAUAUUUGGCUCUGUCACUCAUUUGGUGGAAAGUGUUACAAUGUUACAGCAUUUCAACCUGCAAUCAAUACACUGAGAGAAAUUCAAGGAUUUCUCGAAAGAAACCCAUCAGAGAUUGUCACAAUCUUCAUUGAAGACUAUGUCUCAUCUCCAAUGGGCUUGAGCAAGGUUUUUAAUGCUUCUGGUCUUAAUAAGUACUGGUUUCCAGUUUCUCGUAUGCCUAAAAGAGGAGGAGAUUGGCCUACAGUGGAUGACAUGGUCAAGCAGAAUCAACGUCUUGUAGUCUUCACCUCUAAAUCAUCAAAGGAGGCUUCUGAGGGCAUUGCUUACGAGUGGAGAUACGUUGUAGAAAACCAAUAUGGAAACGGCGGGAUGAAUGUUGGUUCCUGUGGAAGUCGUUCUGAAUCAUCUGUUAUGAGUACAUCUUCAGUAUCUUUGGUUCUGCAGAAUUAUUUUCCUGACAAUCCCAACAAAACAGAAUCUUGUAUGGAUAAUUCUGCUCCACUGGUUGCAAUGACGAAGACUUGCUUUCAAGCAGCUGGCAAUCGGUGGCCAAACUUUAUUGCUGUUGAUUUUUAUCAGAAAAGUGAUGGUGGUGGAGCUCCAGAAGCUGUAGAUGGAGUAAACGGCCAACUAACUUGUAACUGUAGCAGUAUUGCCUAUUGCAAGGCAAAUGGUACAUCAAACAAAUGUGAGGUACCAGUGUUGGCGCCUCCACCACCAGCAACAGCUACAGUAACAUCACAAGAUGGCAACAAGAAGUCUCAUUCAAACAGAAGCAAACCGCUUGAUUGGUUGAUUGGCACAACUUUCGCGGCAAUUCUUCUUAUCCACGUAUAAUUGCUUCAUUCUCCAAAAGUCUAUACUCAAAUAUUUCAGAUCAUAAAGGAGCAGAAUGACGAUGCUCCUCCCCUUCCCCGUCUUUUAUUUUUUAAUUUAUCCUGUAUUUACUGGUUGAGUUUCUUCACUUUUCGGAAAUUGAUUUGUUUAUAAUUAAAAGGAUUGUGUAUAGACAAAUAAUGGAGCAGUGAACUGUAGCGGGAAAUUGAAUUCUUCUGUCUUUUUGUUUCUUCAA